AUGGCAACCGAUGAGACUGUCAUUGUAGUCAGCGAUGAAGACACUCCAAAGCAAGCAGCACCUGAAGCUACCAUCACCAUUGACGGGAAUGGCGACAUUGACAUGCAACAUGGUGAACAAAUCAGAUUUGUGAAUGUGGAAGCGCAGCCUUACUUAGAUCUAUUCCCUCUUAUAGUAAAUCAAGACGGUCAGCCUGACAAGAAGAAGAGGAAGGAUUCUCCCACUGAUAAAGAUGAUGCUCCUACUAGUGAAGCCACGCCCAAAUCUACUCAAAAUUUGCGAAAGAAGGCCAAGACAGGUCAUGAUGCACCACAAGCUGCCUUGGUAUCGCUGAAGAAGAACAAGGUGGUCUUCAAUGAAAAGAAAUUGGACUUGUCGUCUCAUCCAAGUACUGCUGCAGAUAUUGUCGCCUUUCAUGAGCUCAAGAAGACUCAAAAGACCAAACUGGAUGCCUUCCCUGCUCAAUGUCAUCCCCUCCUCGCGAAAUUGGUGCAAGAUAGUGAAUUGACAGUUGCUUCGUUGGCGACCAAUAUUCACAAAAAACUCUGUGAAUUCGAUGCAGAUGGCGCAGAACCCAUACUUUCAGCUGGCCAAAUUAAGAAGGAAAUCUCAGUUAUUGCCACAAGAACAAACUAUGGAAUGGAAAAGGACGGAGUAGCGAUAGCCAAUUUGGCAAUUUACAGAUGGGAAGUCAAUGAUUUAGAUUUACUCGGUGAUUUGAGGGAUACCAUCGUUCCAAGGAGAGCUGUGCGAGUCGAGGCCAAGGAAGCUCUGCGCACUCUCAUUGCUGCAAUGCCACAAGGAGAACAAGAUUUGCUGUUUGUUACCAAACCAAAGAAGGGAGCUGCAGCAGCUGCUGCUUCAGUGGCAACAUCCUCAUCGUCAACAGCAGCUUCGUCGUCGACGACACCAGCAGCAGCAACCAAAGCUGCUCCAUUGGUACCUGCAGCAGCCGCAGAAGCAGCAGGCGCAGAAUCUUCAUCAGUGAUUGCAGCAUCUUCAUCAGCAGCAGUGGUGGAAACUCUAUCAGUAGCAGCAGCAACAGUCUCCUUAACACCAACAGAAUCAGCGCCAGCUGAUGUGGUAUCUUCAUCCGCGCCAGAAAGUACACCUAUCAUACUUGAAGACGAUCCUGUAGUAGAGCUUGAUGAGCCUCAUGCAUUAACGUCGAAAAGUGCUGAGCCUGCCAAGUCAACAAAGAAAACACCUGGCAAGAAGAAACGCAAGGCUGCCGAAAUCGCUCAAGAAGAGCCUGUUGAUGAAUCAGGAGCUGGACCAAGUGGAAGUGAUCCCGCAGGAGAUGCAGAAGCAUCUCCUGCCAAAGUCAACGUCGCCAAAGCUGAUGCAGAAUUCAAGCCAGAGCCGAAAAAGGCCAAGGCUGCUCCAACCAAGAAGUCCAAGGAUGCGCCAGCCAAGAAGGGUCAGACUACACUGGCUAGCUUCUUUACACCCGGUCCAAAGAAGGACACUCCCAAGCCUGUUAAACCUGAUGCUGCUUCCGUCGUCCAAGCUGUUAUACCGUUUGUACCAUUCCAUGUCAAGGAACAUGUCUUCGUUGCACCAUACAAUUGGUAUGAAGGUCCAGUUGGAAAAGGAUUCAUGGCUUCCCUGUUUUCGAAGGAAUAUGAACUUUCCAUCACUGAUGUAAAGAAGGAGUUACGACCACCCCAGAUUUCAUUCAAGAAAACAGCCCAAACUCCCAAAGAAGAUCCAGUGGUCAUGAACUUGUUUGAUGUGGAUGCUAGUAUCACGGAAGGAGAUCCACUGUCAAAGAUUCGUGGACUGCAUUGGAAAUUACUGCAGUUCCACGAGGAUACGAGACCUGCAUAUUGGGGAACGUGGUCAAAAAAGUCAAAGAGCGUUGGUCGUCGACCAUUCACAAAGGUUGACAUUUUAGACUAUGAAAAUGAUUCGGAAGCUGAAUGGGAACAAGACGAAGAUGGUGAAGAAUGUCGUAGUGAUGAGGAAGAGGAAGAUGAUUUGGCGUCUGAAGCCGGCUCUCAAGUCAGCGAAGAGGGAUGGCUGGUGCCAGAUGGUCACUUGUCUGAUGAUGAAGGGGCUACUGAUGAACGUAUACCAAGUACCGCAGAAGCUGCUCCAACUAAACGCAAGCUCGAGCCUCUUGUACCUGUCAUCAUUGGACUGUUCUUUGAAGGUGCAGAUGACUCGCCAUGUCAUGCGCUUCUGAAGGAGUGUCAAUACUUUGCUUAUAAUGGCAACUUUCCAAUUGAUCCAUACGAAGUUCCACUUGAUGAUCCCAUCGACUGGUCUGAAGCAUCAAAAUGGAAGGGUAAACCGACGUUUACCGAUGAAAUCUUGCGACUUAUGGCUCCAAUUGUUCAGGGCAACGCUUCAAAGCUAUCAGUGCAGGUUGAAGAAAUUCGAAAGCAAGCUCCUGAUUUGCCAUUGAGCAACAGUGCUUUGGAAAAGAAGAUAAAGGAGCUGACUGAACGCGAGCAACGUACUGGAGAUGCUAAAGUCAAGUACUAUCUCAAGCCAGAAUAUGAGUACCUGUUACGGCGUGUUAUCGCAUCGCCAAAACGAUAUCAUCAAACGAAACUCGUUGCGAGUCCAAAGAAGCCUCCUCCACCUCCUGAAGAUGAAUUGGUUCGACUCCUCAAGGAUUCACCCACCAAUCCAAAUCCUUGCAUCUCUAGAUUGGAUCGCAUCAUCAGAGGAGGUGACAUUCCAGAAAUUGUGGCUGUUCCAGAGUUAUUGAAUGUUGCAAGUUGGAACAAGAACACGAUAUUGCGAGAAAAGUGUAUGCAGACUCUUCGGAUGCAUGUUGAAACAAUUGAUCGUCUCUUGUCAAAGUGUCGAGCUUCCAAUGAACCGAAGGCCAUGAUGAACGAGUUUAGAAAGCCUUGGUUGGCAAUGUUGGCAAAUAAGGAUUUCUUGUUGUGUAUUGAAAACAACUUGGCUUCCAAUGACACUCCUCGUCGUAGAGUCAUGUGUGAAACUAUGAAGCUUUUACAAUCCUUGAUGACAACUUCAGAUCAAGUAUGUCAAGCCAAAGUACCAGACUUGAAAAAGACUAUAUCUGAACAAUGGUUGCAAAGUCUUAUGACUCCCUUGACACAAAAUCGAUGGUCUGAUGUUGCUACAGAAUGUGUUAAAGUCAUUCAUAUUCUGCGUCAAGACCUUGGUCAUGAUGCUAUGCCUGGCAUGGCGGAUACAUUGUUGUCGCAAAUGAAACGAAAUGUUCCUGAAAAUUGCAAGUCGCUCGUCUUGGAUAUCUUCAAAGUAUGCCUGUCAAAUGACAAUGUACAAUUCGAUGAUGCAACAAUUGCACGAUUGCAUUCAGUCUUGCAGAUUUGA